AUGGCCAGUAUCGAAGAGAGCCGUCAAAUUGUCGAAACACAUCUCAAAGAGGUCCACGACUCUCACGAGAGCAUCAAAGAGGACAUCGAACUAGACCUCGACUCGCUUGGAAACAAUCACAGGCUCUUAUUCACUCAUGAGCGCUUGAUCAAAGUCCUGGAGAAGAGACUGGAGAGGCUACGCAACUCCGGUAAUACAUCUUCAGAUAAGCCUAAGGAUAGCAGCGAGCCCGAGGAGGACAGCGAGCCCGAGGAGGACAGCGAGCCCGAGGAGAACGGAGAAGAGGGCGAGUCCGAUAGUGACGCCAUUUCCGAGGCGGACAGCAACAACUCAUCAGAGGUUGAAAUCCAAAGGACAGCUACAGCUAUCCCAGCCCACCAGGACGCUGACCCGAGGCAAAAGAGCGAUGGUGCGAAGAAGCGACGCAGAGACGAGUCUGAGGAUUUGGAAAGCGAUCAGGAGAGCUCCUUCAGCAAGACAAAGAGAUCGAGACAUCAUGCUGGCGGCUACGUCUCUGCUUUCGACGAGGAGGAUCUGAAGCUGGUCAGGUUCUUCCGGAGGAUGUCUCAGCUGUCCACCGAGCGCCAGAUCGACAGCUUCAGAUGGAUUCAUCCUAUUGGGAAUAAGAUGAUGGUGGGAUGGAUGGAUAUGGUUGAGUCCUUCCAGAACAUGACCAUCACAGCGGCCAAGAGAUAA